UGCCACCAUUCAUAAAAACCAAACGAGCAAACUCCAGGCAGGUUAAUUGUUCGUCCAUCGUUCGAUUGGCAAGCAUGAGGCUACUGGUGUUUUGUGCAACGUUUUCGGCUCUGGUCAUCGCCUUGCCGUUGGACGAAGGAACCAAACGGUCGCUGUCGGAUGAUGGCUAUCAUCCGAGCUUCCCCGAAGAUCGUUCCAUCAAGCUUGACUCCCGAAAUGCUCAGUUGGAGCAAACCAUUGAUUACUGGAGGCAGGAGGCCCGAAAAACAGUUGACAUGCUGGUCAAACGCACGGAAAACAGGAACAUCGCAAAAAACGUAAUAUUUUUCCUCGGCGACGGAAUGUCGAUCGCAACGGUAGGAAUGGCCCGCAUUUACGCCGGUGGUGAAGAGAAACAGUUUGCCUUCGAUAAGUUCCCCUACACAGGAAUGUCGAAAACCUACUGCGUAGAUUAUCAGGUACCGGACUCAGCCUGUACCUCGACGGCAUAUUUAUCCGGCGUUAAGGGGAAUUAUGCAACCAUAGGCGUUAACGCUCAGGUUCCGAAUGAGGACUGCACAGCGGAGCUGGAUAGAACCACCCACACACAUUCGAUAGCUGAGUGGGCCAUGGAUGCCGGAAAGGACGCAGGUCUGGUCACAACUACUCGGGUGACACAUGCUUCUCCGGCCGGAAUGUACGCCCAUACGGCAAGUCGUGAUUGGGAAUCUGAUUACUGGAUUGCCGAAGAUGGGUGCGAUCCGAAUGUGUUGGAUGACAUAGCGGAACAGUUGGUGCUCGGUGAAACUGGUAAGCGGUUAAAGGUUAUUCUUGGCGGUGGCCGUCGAGAAUUUUACGGAUCAACACACAUUGAUCCAGAGUACAGUACAGAGAAAGGCUUACGCCUCGAUGGUAAGGACUUGGUUCAAACCUGGCUAGAUUUCGCUGAUGAUCGAGAAAAUCGCAGCUUUGUAUGGAAUAAGCAGGAUCUUUUCAAUGUCAAUCCGCAAACAACUGAUCGGUUGUUGGGGUUGUUCGAACCAAGCCACUGUGCGUACAAUCUGGAGCGAGUCCGAAAUAACAUGCAAGGUGAACCUACCCUCGCGGAAAUGGUUGACAAAGCGACCGAUGUUCUCAGCAAGAACGAAAAAGGAUUCUUCCUGUUUGUCGAAGGAGGUCGGAUCGAUUUAGCCCAUCACGACAACUGGGGAAAGCUGGCCUUGGACGAAACGGUGGAGUUCGCAAAAGCUGUCAAACUCGCACGGGAAAAGUUCAGCGAAGAAGACACUCUCAUUGUGGUGACGGCGGAUCACUCGCAUAGUCUCAGCUUCAAUGGCUAUCCGAGCCGCACAGGUAACGUUUUCGGUGUGGCUGGAACCGGAUCUGAUGGUCUACCGUACAUGACCAUGAGCUACGCUAACGGACUGGGAUUCUACGACCACAUCGACACCGAAAAUAAGGGACGAAUGAACGUCACAGCGAUGGACACGUCGCCAGAUUUCUUCCGCUUUCCGGCAACCCUACCAGUCAAGUCGGAAACUCACGGUGGAGAAGAUGUCACCGUGUAUGCCUCCGGACCGUGGGCUCAUCUGUUCACGGGAACCUACGAGCAGAACACAAUACCCCACAUGAUGGCUUACGCAUCCUGUAUUGGCGACGGCCUGAAGGCUUGCCCGACGUGAAAUCUUUCGCGCAGUUUGAAAGAGCUUUAAUAUAGUUAAUCAGCGUCAAUCUCGAUUUGUACCAGUCAGUAAA